AUGUUGGAAGAUGCAAAUGAGGCAUGUGAAGUAACUCGUUCACAUGUGGAAGAUGAUGUAUGCUUUGAUUUAACUCUGGAAAGGUCAUCACUAGAACAUGAUUACUUAUCUGCUAAUGAUCCGAUGCUUGCCAGUUCAUUGGCAAAAGCUUUUGAUGCUGACGCACGGCUCACUGCUGUCAUCGAUGAUGUGGCUAGUGCUGAUUUGUCUCAUUUCGGAAUCGGACUAAAUGAAGAUUUCUCAAUUUCAACACCGAUGAGCAGUAGUACUAUUCAGCAAAAAUGGCUCUCAGUGACAUCAUCAUCUUCCAGAAAAAAGGCUACUAUAGUCACUUGUGAAUAUUGUGGCGUUGUUCUUAAACAUCCUUCGAAAAUUGAAGCACACCGACGGACACACACUGGCGAAAAGCCAUUUCAGUGUCAGAUUUGUGGUUCAAGGUUUACACAGCGUACACCAAUGCGAAUGCAUGUGCGACGUCAUAUGGGAUUAACUCCUUAUGUAUGUUCAUGGGGAUGUGGUAAACGUUUCGUUUCAAAUGCACUGAAGAAUGCGCAUGAAUUGAAAACCCAUAUGGGAGCUAAAAGACGUGGCCCACCUCGGCCCCAUCUUAAGCCGCCAAGGUGUUCGGUGCCGAUAAACAUAAUUGAAAAAAAUGAUAACACUGAAAGAAUUGCUAGGGCUCGUCAUACACAUUCCAGCGAACAAAUAUCAUUAAAUUUGGAUAUUGAAAAUAGACAAAUGGAUGAGGUAAUCGAUGAGAUUGUUGCUUCAAAUUCUUUCCCAAUGGACCAAAAAAUUAAAACACAUCGAAAAAGAGCCUUGAUAAUUCGAUGUCAAGAAUGUGGUUUACUUCUGAAACAUCCAUCUAAAAUUCAAGCGCAUAUGCGAACACAUACCGGUGAACGUCCAUUUGAAUGUGCUCUGUGUGGGAUGCGAUUUGCAACUGCUAAUCCGUUGAGGGUGCACUUUCGACGUGCACAUACAGGUGAGAAGCCAUUUGAAUGCACAUGGAAGUGUGGACGACGUUUCGUUUCAGUAUCAGCUCGUAAUGAGCAUGAGCGAAUCGUACACGCAGGUAUUAAAAGAUAUCGUUGUUCAAUCAAUAAUUGUCGCCGAAUGUUUACACGACGUCAUUAUCUGAUAAUGCAUCAAGCAAAAGAGCACAAAGAUGUUACGCAGCAAGCUGAUAACGCUAUCCAAUCUGUCCUUCUUAUGGUUAAACAAGAUAGAGAAGAAACUAGGAGGAAUACAAUGUGGUCUUCUGAAAUACCAAAUAACAGUGGUAUAGAGAAAAUUUGGAUAGAAAAUAGAGUUUUAAAUGGGGAACAGGCUGAAGAAGAAUAUGUUAAUAUCGAUCAUGAAAAUAAUAAUACUUUGCUCGAAUGUGCCAGUAUUAGAAUUGCAAAAAGAGAAGAUGAUGACUUGUUGAACGAAGAAAAUUGUCGAAAGGUGAUAAUUGAUGGAACCGAUGAAGUUGUUGCGGUGGAAAGGAAUUAUUUUGUGCAAACAAAUUAUCUUGAUCAAAAUGAUGGAGUUCAUUUGUUCUAUAACGAACAGCAACAACAGUUCCCUGAUAACCAUCAAUUUGCAAACGAAACAGAGCCAUCUAUUGUUUCUCCUGAUGUCACUGUAAAAACGAUAGAUAGGAAUAUUUAUGCAGUUUGCGAAGAAAGUACCACGAUUUUGCCCAAAUACGGUCGUGUUCGAAUUAUUAAACCAGUUACGAAGAUACCUUAG